CCGCUUUCCCAGGAAGCGGCGUCCUCUCCAAAACGCUGGACCGAUCUUGCAAGCGGCUUCUUCCUUCCUUCGCCGGCUCUACCUAUCCCGCAGUUGGCGGACUUGGAAAGCGCCUGUUUCAUAGGCUUCUCGCAGGGAAGCCGCGGAAUUGACGGGCUGUGGUGGAACUGCCGAGCCAGGCUUGGGUAAUCUCAGUCUCUGAAUCUGGAGAGACGUCCUUCUUGGAAACCCCCAAGAUUUCACCUACUCGUUUUUCUCCCCCCCCCCCACUCCUUUAAGGGGUCCGUAGGACGCUUAUCUCUGCAAGCAAAGCCCCUUCUGGGUUAAAGAUUCAGUUCUGCACAAGCUCCCUCCUGAGCAUCUCUUAUAGGCCACCCAGUUAUCAAGUGUCUGGACUGAUGAAUAUAAAUUUUAAAUGACUUGAAUAAUGAAAAAAAGUUCUUCCCAGUGUUGGAUUCCUGGAUUCUGCUUGUUUCAUCUUACCUUGGAAGCUGAACGUACUUUCCAUAGAAGCUAAUCAUUCAAGGGAGAAAUACGUCAUUCUCUAAGAUGGCAGAUGGAGGGUCUCCUUACCAUUCUGCUCCCAUGAAUAAAAGCGGCGUCGUAGAUUCGGAAGAGUCUUUGGACUUGUUUGGGCCAGCAGCAAGAACCAAGCAGAACAUUCUGGAUGAAGCAGCCAUACAUUGUGUUGCCCAGUGUUGCCCUUUCAGGGAGAUUUGUUGCCAGGAAGCGGAGGGACUCCAAGGCAUAUACAGCCAACUCCAUCAUCUUUACGAUCAGUGGCGGAAACAAGAGGGCCGCAUCAAAGCUCAGAUGGUUCAUGGGCAUUUCAUGGAGGUGGCCACCCCUGGUUCUAAAGCAUCAGAAGAUGCAUCACAUUUCCCUCAAGAAAUUAUCUUUGGGGGGAUCCCCCAGGAGGACAUAUCUCAUAAGAUAACAUCAGAAAAUGGAACAAUGGUGAUUAUACCAAUGGAAAGAUUUUCUCUUUAUGGUGAAGCAGAAACAGUGGCUGUGCUUCCAAUUCAGAUCCCUGUGUCCUUUCAAGAUGUAACUGUGUUUUUCUCUGAGGAGGAAUGGGCCCUGCUGGAUUUUGACCAAAAAUCCCUGUACAGAGAGGUCAUGCUGGAAAAUGCUAAGAAUGUGGAAUCCUUGGGUAAGAGAUUUGCUUUCUUCUGGGUUCAGAUAAAUGGAGAAGUAUAUUCUGAUGAGAGAUAAGCAGUUUAUUAAUUAAUUGGGGGAUAUGCUAAGAAUGUGGAUUUCAUGGGUAAGGGAUCCAUUUUGCUCUGGAUUGAAAUGCAGAUAUUUCUCAGAUAUUAAGGUCUUUACUUUUCCUAGAGAGAAGGGAAAUAUCCAUAUGUGAGUCAUGUCCAGAAUCACCUAUGUGAUACAGACAGCUAUACAAAUCAAAAUAGUUGAGUCAGCUUUCCAUACUUCCAAGGUCAGUAAAAUGAGGACCCCUAUUGUUGGGGGCCCUAGGUUGACUCUGUAAACCACUUAGAGAGAGUUAAAAGCAAAGCAGUGUAAAGCAACAUAUAAGUCUAUAUAAAUAUUCGUAUUGCUAUUGCUAAAUAAGUAACUUUAAUAGAAAAACAGGAUUGAUUACAAGAAGGCAUUUGAUUCUCUGCCACAUAUUUGGACAAUCAAGUGCCUGUAAAUAAUGGGAGUCUAGAAACACCAGAAGCUUUGUGAAAAGACGAAUAGCUCAAUGGAAAACAUACAGUACUUGCUGGUCAAUGUUAGACUGAGAGGAGAUGAGAGGGGAAUCUUUCAAAGAGGCUCACUAUUACCAGUACUUUUGUGAAUGCAUUGAUUUCUCUCACCAAUACUGAACAAAGCAGGCCAUGAGAAAAAAAUAACAUCUGCCAGGUUACUUGAUAUAAUUUCCAUUGGGCAUCUUAAUUCAUUCAGUUUUCACCAUUUUUCCUCUACGGCAGGGGUGUCAAACUCGUAUCACAGCGGCGUUAGGUGACAUAUCGUAACUUUUUUCACUUCGCUAAACUGGGUGUGGACGUGGCCAGAGCAUGAUGCAUCUGGCUUGUGGGCUGCAAGUUUGACAAACCUGCUCUAUGGAUAGUAAGAGUGGCACAUAUCUUCAGUCCAAACUAGUGUGAUAUUCAAACAGUACUGAGCAGCAGUUUCAUUUCAAAUGAUGUUUUUGCACACAGUCCAGAGGUAGGUUGUUCCCCGUUCAGCCCAGUUCGGCCAAACCGGUAGUGGUCAUUUGGCCUGCUUUGCAGAACUAGCAGCAACCCACACCCCCGAACCGGUUCCCCAGUGUCGUAUGCCAUUCCACACAUGUUUCUUUGCAUGUGCAGAACAUUUAACAGUCAACUGUGCAUAUGCAAGCAACCCACACCAGGGGGGCCCUCAGAGGGAACCAGUACCAAAUGGUAGAAGAGCCCACUCCUGACACAGUCAUAGAUUGUGCGUGUAGUUAAGAGCUUCCAAUGAUUCAUCUCAGAAGUGCUAAAUCCCAGAACAGUUUAAUUGUAGCAACCACACCUCCAUUUUUUCUUGAUUUAAUUUCCACUUGUCUU